UCUCUAUGUCACUGAUGAUGGAAAAGCUGAAGUGAGACGAUAUCGAAGAGGAGAAUCUCAAGGAACAGUGGUUGCAGGUGACAAUGGAAGUGGAAAUCGUCUCGAUCAACUCUCUUACCCAACAUACGUAUUCGUCGAUCGAGAUCAUUCAGUGUACGUAUCUGAUGAGAGAAAUCAUCGUGUGAUGAAAUGGAUGGAAGGUGCAAAACAAGGCAUUGUCGUGGCUGGUGAUCAAGGAAAAGGAAAUGGUCUUACACAAUUGUCAUCUCCUCUAGGAGUCGUUGUCGAUCAAUUGGGCACUGUCUAUGUGGCUGAUUGGGGGAAUGAUCGAAUCAUGCGUUGGCCUAAAGGAGCCACACAAGGAAGUGUCAUUGUUGGUAGAAACGGUAGUGAAGGACAAUCGAACCAACUCAAUGGACCCAUCGGUUUGUCAUUCGAUCGACACGGGAAUCUCUAUGUCGUCGAUUGGGGAAAUCAUCGAGUACAAAAAUUCAAUAUCCAUUUAAAUGUGUAA